UGAAGAUCUAGAAAACACCAAGGUCACCUCUCCAUUGGCUUCUGCCUCUGAUCCAGAACCCCUUUCCUUACCCCACAGGUCACAGAUGGUGUCUUCAGUGAGUCAGGAUGUCACGGAAGACCUGCAGAAAACAGCCAGUGCCUCAGAGGCUCAGGCCAUGGCGGAAAAAGAUUUGCUGCCUGAAGAACAGGCCCAGGUCCUCAACAAGAUAGCCAAGUAUCACGUUCCACAAAGGUCUGGGGACAUCGUUAUGAUCCAGUCUGAGCACACAGGAGCGGUAGAUGUUCUUUCAGCUGACCUGGAGUCUGCAGACCUUCUGGGGGACCACAGGAAAGUCUCCCCACCUCUGAUGGCUCCUCCAUGCAUCUGGACCUUUGCCAAGGUGAAGGAAUUCAAAAGCAAGCUGGGCAAAGAGAAGAACAGCCGUCUGGUGGUGAAGCGGGGAGAGGUGGUGACCAUCCGGGUACCCACCCACCCAGAGGGGAAGCGAGUCUGCUGGGAGUUUGCGACGGAUGACUAUGAUAUUGGCUUUGGAGUUUAUUUUGACUGGACCCCUGUAACCAGCACUGACAUAACCGUGCAGGUCAGUGAUUCCAGUGAGGAUGAAGAUGAAGAUGAGGAAGAAGAAGAGGAGAUUGAGGAGCCCGUUCCAGUUGGAGAUGUGGAGAGAGGCUCGAGGAGCUCCCUGCGGGGUCGCUAUGGGGAGGUCAUGCCUGUGUACCGGCGGGACAGCCAUCGAGAUGUGCAGGCGGGCAGCCAUGAUUACCCUGGAGAGGGCAUCUACCUGCUCAAGUUCGACAACUCCUAUUCGCUGCUGCGCAACAAGACACUCUACUUCCACAUCUACUACACCAGCUGAGGCCGUGGCACGGGCAGGCUGUGUUGCUGGCUGAGCAGGCUGCCAGCUGGUGGCGCUGUUGGGGCUGGGCAGGAGCUGGAAGUGCAGCGUGAGGCUCCCAUCCCCAGCCGUCACGUGCCUGACCAUUGACCCGCGCACAGCUCUUCUUCUCGGCUUCUGCAGGUGGUGGUGUUGCGCGCCUGUUCUGUGCUCCCUGACUCGUGCUCUCCUUGCUUCGGACUCCAGGAAAAUCCCUCUGGAGGGCGCCCGCCAGGCAUGAGCCUGGCAGGAGGGUGUGGUCUUCUAGACAUGGAUCUGCUUGGUCCAAGGGUUCUCAUUCCCACUGUUGCUCUCUCCUCUCCCGGAGCCUCUGUUGCCAGUGCAUCUCGUGGCGCCCACUCGCUUUCC